AUGACGGAUGAUGAAGAAAAAACACAUUCAGAGUGUAAGGUGAGUAAUUUAUGUAAAAAAAUCGUAGAAGGAGUCGAUAAAGUUGGAGAUCACAACCAUUUGACGGGUAAAUUUAGGCAUACUUUGUGUUUAGGAUGUAACUUAAAGUUACAGCAGCCUAAAUAUAUUUCGUGUUUUUUCCAUAAUCUCUCUAAUUACAACUCUCACUAUAUUAUUUCUGAACUCGGUUUCGAUACCAAGACUAUUUCCGUUAUUCCGAACAGCGAGGAAAAAUAUAUUUCUUUUUCUAAAUAUAUAAGCAGUACUUUCACUAUUCGGUUUAUCGACUUUUCGUUUCAUAGCGUCGAGCUUGGGAAAACUGUCAGCAAACUUAAUCACACCACAGCUUGAAAAUUUCCGUGAGACAGCGAAACAUUUUGUCACUGGAGAAAUGGCACUAGUCACUCGUAAAAGUAUUUAUCCGUACAAGUAUACAGAUGGGAUAAGUUGAAUGAAGAUAGUUUACCGAUGAAGAGGGAUUUCUAUAGUAUGUUAACUGAGUCGGAUAUAACAGAAGAAUAUGAUCAUGCGAAGGCGGUCUGGGACCACUUCGGUUGUAAAACGUUUGAAGAAUAUUCUGAUUUAUAUCUUAAAAUUGAUAUUUUAUUUUUAGCUGACGUGUUCAAAAAUUUUUAGAGAUCUUUGUAUGGAAACAUAUAGUUUAAAUGCCGUUCACUAUUAUACCGUCCCCGGUUUAAGUUUUCACGUGAUAAUGAAGUUUACCGGGAAGAAGUUGGAUCUGUUAACAGAUUAUGACAUGCUGUUAAUGUUUGAAAAUGGUUAGUAUAUCAACAUUAUUUUAAAAAUAAAACUAAUACUAUUAUUUUUUUUUUUUUUACUUUUUUUAUAGGUAUACGAGGUGGGUUAAUGCAGGCCAGCCUGAGAUAUGCCAAGGCUAAUAAUGAGAAGACACUCGAUUAUGAUGAGAAGGAUAAAUCGUGGUUGAUCUACCAAGACUGA